AUGUCGUGGAUAAUCGAAGAAAGUAACGAUGCAUCUUCAGCUAUUAACGUUCAAGGUAAUACCGUUACCUGUCAGAAAGAAGAUUUCUAUGGCAGUCCGAUCAAUGUACUUUGGAAAGAUCCGGCUGAUAAAUCGGGACUUUACUAUUGGCAAAUUGAAUUUUUACAGUUAGAUAAACAGGGAAACGCUAGUGUUGGUCUAACUACACAGGAUCAUUUCAAAGCUGGCUAUGCCAUCAAAUCAAUGGAAUAUAACGGUAAGCGAAUGAAUCUUCGUUCAGAUUCAAAAGUCUCAAGUUUUUCAAUCUCUGUUAUUAAUGUAGUCGUCAGCUUCAGUGCAAAUGGUGAAGCUACAAUUAUUCGUUUAAAACAAGUUCCAACCUCGCUCGAUCGACAAGAGGAACAAUUCAAUGGUAUCGAAGGUCAUUGGAAACUGGUUGACUAUCCUCAACACAGUGACUGUACUGGCUAUCAUUUUCAUCUGUUUAAAAAAGAUGGAACGGAUAAUAAUGUCUACAGUCUGUCGACUCGUGUUAUAAACACUAUGAAUAGCAUCCUUUGUCAUGAUCCGUCUACAAAUCAAUGGCAAAGUCAAAGCGGUAUGUCAACAAUGAUGGGAGGAGAUCAAGAAUCCAUGCGAAAGGAAGGUGUGAUCAGUGAACUGACCAAUGGUAUAACGGGUGUUGAGCUACAAGGACAAAAAUUGGUUAUAACAUCGAAUGGAAAUCAAGUGAAACUUGAACGGUAUACACCGGAACCUCCACAAACAUACACGAAAAAUGUUUUCGCAAGAGAAUAUUAA